AUGAAAAAGGGGGUAAGCGGGUCCCUGGGUGAUCCCGGUCUUCCAGGUCCAACUGGAAUCCGUGGAGAGUUUGGCGAAAGGGGUCCCGUUGGAGCUUAUGGAGCUAAAGGAGACAUGGGUGUGGCAGGAAGUGACGGUUUACCAGGAGAGAACGGGGAACCUGGUCCUUUCGGCCCAGUUGGAAAAAAAGGAGAGUCAGGAAAGCGGGGUGAACUGGGACCUAAGGGCGUGUCUGGUCCUCAAGGAGAGCUCGGAGCAAGAGGGCCUCCAGGGAAGAUAGGACUGAUGGGCUUCCAAGGGGAGCAGGGUCUGCCUGGAAUUGCCGGAAAGACAGGUGUACCCGGUAUACUGGCGAGUGAGCAGCACAUCAGAGAGCUGUGUGGCGUAAUGGUCGAUGACCAGAUUGCUCAGCUGGCGGCUAACCUUCGAAGACCCCUGGCCCCUGGGAUGGUGGGCCGCCCCGGACCUGCAGGACCCGUAGGAGAGCCAGGAGAUGCUGGCUCUAUCGGGCAUCCAGGUUCCCGUGGACCCCCAGGGUACAGAGGCCUGCCAGGAGAACUUGGAAACCCAGGAACACGAGGUAAUCUUGGAGAGCAAGGAGAUAAGGGAUCAUUUGGUAAAGCUAUUGAUGGGCCAACUGGAGACCAAGGAUACCAAGGUGUUCCUGGAGUAGCUGGAAUUGUCAAAGACGGGCGUGAUGGAUCUCUAGGAGAUCCAGGUGAGCCUGGAGAGUCAGGCAGGGUGGGUAGGACUGGGCACCAGGGAACACCUGGAAUCUGUGACACAUCAGCCUGCCAGGGAGCAUCAGUCGCUGGAAAAUCCUCCAACCCCAAAAACCAUUAAACAUCCUGAAACCUGGUGCCUCCACCUCGAGGAGGAAGGGAGGAAUGAAGGAAGAGAGUGGUCACAAAAAAUGUCCUCUUUAUUAAAAUAACUUUCUCACAAGAUGAGAAGAGUAACAUCAAACAGGUGUGAUAUUUUGAGAGGAGAGGAGGAACAUCUGAGGAGUGAGAUGAAAAACAGAGCAACUGAGAGACAAAACAUCAAAAUGACAUCCAGAAACGAAGUGGACCGAGGCCAAGAAGAGUCCCAGAGAACAACAGCAAUGCUCCAAAUACUACAGUAUCACAUAACAAGACUUGACAACUGGAAGAGAACGACGAGUCCUUUUGUGUAUAAAAACUUUGUACAUGCCCCCAUUACCUUGGUUAACAUUUGUCUGCAGAAAAACAACAGUGACUGGCUCUGAGGUGAAUGUGCAUGUAUCAUUGCCCAUUCAGGUCAAUCACAGGUGUUACCCCAACAUACAAGCUAACAGUGUCAAAUAUGGAAACAGGUGGCAGAGGCAAAACAACCUCUGUCAAGGAGCUGUGUGUGUAUUGUAAAAGGAAUAAAAAACACAAAUACCCAGGUGCCCAGAAAUUGUGUAGAUUAAU